AUGCUCGCUGACGACUAUAACAGGAUUGUCGGUGGAAGUGAGGCUAGCAAACAUGAAUUUCCUUACCAGAUCUCACUUGAGCAAAAAUAUGGCAAAAGUUGGUAUCACAUUUGUGGUGGAAGUAUAAUUGACAGCAAAUGGGUUCUUACAGCUGCUCAUUGUGUUGAGGGUGCUAAAGCACGAAAAUUGAGAGUCAAUGUUGGCGAUCAUAGUAUUGAAGAUGCUACUGAACAGAUUAUUUCUUUAAGAAGAUCAAUUGUCCAUUCUGCCUACGAUUCUAAUAGCCUCGUCAAUGAUAUUGCCUUGCUCGAGUUGUCUGAAUCAGCUACAGCCAAGAGCAAUACCGCUACAAUUCCUUGUGCUUCAAAAGCUACAACCAUGUCUGAUGGAGAUACUGUCACUGUAACUGGUUGGGGUACACUUUCAUCUGGUGGUUCAUCUCCCGAUACAUUGCAUAAAGUAAAUGUGAAUUAUUUUGAUGAUUCCAAAUGCUUGAGUGCAUACGGCAGUGAAUUCUCUGCUAAGGAAAUGUUUUGCGCUGGAGUAAACGGAGGUGGUAAAGAUUCUUGCCAAGGCGAUAGUGGCGGUCCAGCCGCUUCUGGCGGAAGAUUAGUUGGUGUUGUCAGCUGGGGCUACGGCUGUGCCGAUGCACAAUAUCCUGGCGUUUAUACGCGUGUCAGCAAUUAUCAGGAUUGGAUCGAGGGAUAUGCCGGCAAAAUAAUCAAUUAA